UUCAACAGCAGCGACGACGCUCGUUUGGACACACUACACAGCAGCGGCUUGCUCGAUAUCGGCGCAGGCAUGGACUUAGACGAGGCCCUCGACGGUCUCGAGAUUCCUGCAGGCUUCAUCGGCGACGCAGAUGCUGCCCCCCCCGUCGCAGAGGAUCCUGCAGGCUUCAUCGGCGACGUCGCAGAUGCAGCCCCCCCCGUCGCAGAGGAGAUGCAGGUCGAUGGUCUGGACCAGUUCGGCGAGCUCGACGCCGCCGCCCUCGUGCCGAAGAGGAAGUUCGAGAAGAACUCCGCCCUCCACAUCGCCAACGCGAGGGAGGCCUUGUACAGGAAGCGUGCGAAGACCAGCAGCCAGAAGCUGAAGGCGCCUGAUUUCCAAUUGGCUGUGAAGGCAGUGUUCUUGAGGGCUAAGCAGAGGGUUAACAUCGGCGUGGACCAUCGUCGCCUCCAACUGGCUGCCACGAGGUACGUGCUUCGCAGACAGAUGCGUGCAGUCCAGCAUUGUUUGCGGAAGAGCUCGGCGUCUUUGAGCAACGGUGGAGGGCCUCAGCGCACGGUGCACGUCGCGGUCGGGCACAUGUGGGACGAGGUGGAGGUAAAGCAGAGUUGGAAACCAUCGGAACGAUACCGAACACUACGGAAGAAUAUGAGCAUGCCGACGUUGAUACAGCGCAGCACGAUGAACCUCACAUUGUACGACCACGCUCACGACCAGCAUCGGCAAUACCAAGAAUACUUCCUGACGCAACCACUCGAGGUCCACGGCACGACCGCACGCGAUCUACUACCAGGAGUCCGACGAGGAGUACCAGCAGCAUUCGACAUCUUGAACAGGCCAGCUUUGUACGAGGCAUUGGCCAGCGUCUCUAGCUUAACGUUUGCGCCCAUGUGCGACAGGGCCAGCGCCAACGUUGUCAUGAUACGAACGUGGGGGCACGAGGCUGAGAACAAGAUCUACUUGGAGAACCCCGUGCUAGGGAAAAAACUUCUGUAUUUUCCCGACACUUGCGGUGUGCACGCCCACCAUAGGGGCAAACUCAAGAUCAAGGGAUUGCGCAGCCAUACGAUGAGGCACUACUCGAUAUCUUCAGUUUUCAGGUUGCGAGGGCAGCUUUCCAAGAACAUUGCGCAGAUCGAGCGUCUCAUUGAAGCCAAAUUGGUUCGUGAGGUGGGCCCUCCUCCGCCGUGGGCGCACACCAUGGAGCGCGUUGUGGACCUCCUGUACGACCUUGAGGCUGACCACCACAAGCGGACCACGAGCAAUGGCGGCCAGUACGAGUCACAAUUGGUUGCAGACCUCAGGGAGCUUGCGAAGAUGGCCAACGGAAGCCUCUCCAACAAAGCAUUUGUGCAUCACUGCUGGGACUGCGCUACAGGCAGGGCCUGCUGCACAUCCAGGAAGCAAGCGGACAUCGACGACACCACGGCGGCAAACGUCAGCGUAGACGAGGAAGGGGCGCAGGAAUUUUGGUCUCACCUCAAUCGUGUUCGCCGCAAGAAGGUGAAAGAAUACUACGAGUCUGAUCGUGUGAUGAACGAACUUGUGAUUUACACUAGUGUAUUGGAAGCAACUGACUCGAACCUUCUUUAUCCAGUUCUUGGCGACGCUAUGCGAGAUGCGGAAGGUGAUAAGAGCAAGAUGGACGUCCUCCUCGACAAGGACUCUUCCAGGAUUGGCGCGUUCAGCGAGAACAUGCUUCGACUGAUUGACAACUGGAACUCUGGGGACCCAACUCGUGGCCACUGGGUCUUACUAGAUAUCCUCGGUGCGCCGCUUACCAACCAGGAGUUCGCCAAAUGGUCGAGAGGUCAGGCCCUAAAAAUGAAUUCCAUCAUGUCGAGGAGAUACGAGGUCAGGUUCGCCACAUGGCCUUACAAACUUUAUGCAUUGUCUCACGGAAGGUCGACCGAGGAGGAGAAGAAUGCGAUUGCCCGCGAAGCCCUGGCCGUCAACAACUACAUGGUCGACUGCUACACGAUCGGCAUCCGUCGGCUGUGGCCCACGCCAGAGGAUGCGCCUGUGGAUGCAGAACAACAGCUCGUUGUUGCGGAGCCUGGGAUCUUCCAUGCCAACUUCGUGGAGCCAAUUUCAGAGCAGAGGCCGAACCCGAUGUUGCCGCCGCACGCGCUCACGCAGGGCGACGACAGCAGCGCCAAGUCGAAGAAGGGCUUGAACCCGUACCUCCUUGAGAAGAACAAGUACCUACAGGCAGCCAGAUCGGCGAAAGGGGCAAGCCUCACCGCAGAGGAGGUGGAACAGCAUUCGGCAGCCUUCAAGCAGAUCUGGAUGGAGUCGGACCUGGACGUUUACGCGGAGGCAUACCAGUUGUGGCGACAAAGGCGGGACAACGACGAGCGACCUCCUGCGCCUCCGAAGUAUUCGUUGUGCUGGGGAGGUGGGUGCCACGGUGCGCCAGUUACUCCAGAAGAGAUGUGCGCUGAGAUCGAGGAGUUCGGCUGGCCCACCUUGAACGACAUGCUUGACAAGAACCUUGAAGAGAGGAGCGUGCCCCCUACCGCCGACUUGGACGUGAACGAGAGCGCUGGUUACGAUCCUUGGGGCGUGGCUCGCUCUGCACGCAAUGCAGACAGAGCUGCGUCGAGGUGCCCUGCUGCGUUCUACUUCGUGGAGAAGAGCGUCUGGAACUACUUGGCCUCGGUCGGGGCUGGUCGUGGCACAUCGGAUCCAGCUGACGUCAUGAUCGUCAUUGCUGGGCCAGCGGUUGGAGGCGGCCACAAGCGGUACGCGGUCUUGGUGACGGACGUGACGCUGAACCCGCAGGUGUUCGACGUGACCAUCAACGAUUUCGAGGACUGCGCGAAC